UACUCUUUCUCGUGGAUUUAUUAAUAUUCUCUUAUUUGAAAGAAAAAAUGAGCGGAAUAGCUAUUAGCAGACUUUCAGAAGAAAGAAAAGCAUGGAGAAAAGACCAUCCUUUUGGAUUUGUAGCUAAACCUGUAAAAAAUACAGAUGGAACCUUAAACCUAAUGAAUUGGGAAUGCGCCAUACCAGGGAAAAAGAGUACCCCCUGGGAAGGAGGCCUAUUCAAGCUAAGGAUGGUAUUCAAAGACGAUUUUCCGUCUACACCGCCUAAGUGCAAAUUUGAACCGCCCCUCUUCCAUCCCAACGUAUACCCCUCUGGAACUGUUUGUUUGUCUCUCUUAGACGAAGAAAAAGAUUGGAGGCCUGCACUCUCCAUUAAGCAGAUAUUAUUGGGUAUUCAAGAUUUGCUAAAUGAACCAAAUAUCAAGGAUCCAGCCCAAGCUGACGCUUACACCAUAUACUGCUCCAACAGAAUGGAGUACGAAAAAAGGGUUAGACAUCAAGCCAAGCAAUUUACAAGCAUCCAGUGAACUACAUCCAAAAACAUUCUGAUAAAAUUUAGAAAUUGGAUAUUUCCAUUAUUUUUUCUUUUAAUAUUAAAAUUAUUGUUUUUUUAAACACAUUUUAUAAAUAUCAUUUGAUCCUUAUUUUUUUAAUAGAUA